AAACAGGACUCCAAACAGCGAAGACUCUCAAGAGUAGAGAGAGAAAGUUAUAGACAGAGAAAGUUCGAGAUCACCGAGAGGAAGAGAGAGAGAAAGAAACGGCAUUAAUGGAGGAAGGUCACAUGCCGCGAAAACACAGCGACGAUAGUGUGAAGCUGUUCGUCGGCCAAGUUCCGAAGCAUAUGACGGAGGCACAACUUAUAGCAAUGUUCAAAGAGCUUGCUCUUGUGGACGAAGUCAACAUCAUCAAAGACAAGGCCACGCGAGCUUCUCGAGGUUGUUGCUUUGUUAUAUGUCCGUCUAGGGAGGAAGCAGACAAGGCCGUGGAUGGGUUUCAUAAUAAGAAAACCCUGCCUGGGGCAUCUAGUCCACUGCAAGUGAAAUAUGCUGAUGGCGAAUUGGAACGGCUAGAACACAAGCUUUUCAUCGGUAUGCUUCCUAAGAAUGUCUCCGAAGGUGAAGUUUCAGAAUUAUUUUCACAAUAUGGAACCCUGAAAGACUUGCAGAUUCUUAGAGGUUCUCAACAAACAAGCAAAGGCUGUGCUUUUGUGAAGUAUGAGACAAAAGAACAAGCUGUUGCUGCUAUAGAGGGCCUCAAUGGAAAACACAAGAUGGAGGGUUCAACUGUCCCUUUGGUUGUUAAAUGGGCAGACACUGAAAAGGAAAGACAAGCUAGAAAAGCUCAGAAAGCUCAGUCUUUAGCAAAUAUUGACCCAACACAGCAUCCGUCUUUAUUUGGAGCACUUCCAAUGGGUUAUAUGUCACCAUACAAUGGUUAUGGGUACCAGGCUACUGGAACUUAUGGGCUCAUGCAACCACCUUUCGCUAAUCUAUCUCCAAAUCAAGCAAAUGCAUUUCGUGGAGGCUCUCCAAGAAACUAUGUGGGAGUGGGUCCCCCAACUGGUGGUUACAUGGGCUCUGCCUAUCAAGCUAUGCCUCCUAGGCUUCAGUAUCCUGUGGCCUACCCCGGGGGAUUGAGGCCUUUCAGUGGGCCUUCCAGUCCUCUACCACCAGAAGUUUCCAAGAAUCAUGCUGCAACUUCUUCAACUGUUGCUGCUGACCAUGUUGAAGGUCCACCUGGCGCUAAUCUAUUUAUUUAUCACAUCCCUCAAGAAUUUGGGGAUGAAGAGCUUGCAAAUGCGUUUCAAUCAUUUGGAAGAGUUUUGAGUUCCAAAGUUUUUGUUGACAAGUCAACGGGUGUCAGCAAGUGCUUUGGUUUUGUGAGUUAUGAGUCCCCGAAUGCUGCACAAUCUGCAAUUAAUACAAUGAAUGGAUACCAGUUAGGUGCUUCUCCAGAAAUGAAGAAUCUACUUUCUUCCGUUAUGCUUCUGCAUGAAAACUCCAAACAGGUGAAGCACAAUUUUAAGUGUUACAUGAUUCUGAGUGAAUCCAAGGUGUAUCUUCAGGUCCUUUCUCAAAGCAUUCUAUCACAAAGUCAAUCAUGA